UACCGACGCACAACACUUCAGCUGAAGUCAGAACUCCUGAAGUCAGCUCUGUCUGUGGACGGUUUGCGAGGUACCGUCUCUCCCUCGCCUGCCUGUGUGCGUGUGUGUGUUGAGGAGAAACGUCAGAUCGGCCAUGUCGCACACAGAGACUGCAGAAGACAGCGACGGAGAGAUAUUUGAAGAUGCCCACGAUAGCCCACUAGAACAGAGGAUCUCAGACUCAAUAGUGGCAACAAAAGACAACAAAGAAAACGGGAUUUUCUCGCUGGUUCCGAGUCGAGUUGCGACCUUUCCUUCUCCCUCUCAACCCUCCUCCACCUCGCAAACUGACGCCAUAUGCAAUCCCGACUCUUUCUCUGACCUUUUUCGCUUGCUUGCACCCUCGAAGCCAGCCAACAGACGUGAGAAACUCCCCUUCCCUCGCGACCGGCACAGCUACAGCCUGUGGAGUUUGCUGAAGAACUUUGUUGGAAAAGACGUGACGAGGAUUGCUUUGCCAGUUCACCUGAACGAACCUCUGUCCUUCACUCAGAGACUGGUUGAAGAUUUAGAGUACUACGAACUCGCACACAAAGCAGCUGGUAAGCUCCCUACACUCACAUAUCUCCCCUCUCUUUCAACAUGGCUACUCUCUCUUUCACCAUGGCUUCCCUCUCUUUCAUCAUGGUGGCGUGUUUGCCCUCUCUGAUCAUCGUCGCUGUAGCUGCCAGCAGUGUGUCUAAGAGACUGGCUAUGUUGGCAGCCCUCGCCAGCUCGUGCUGGGUCACCACUCUUACCAGAUAUGGCAAACCAUUCAACCCUCUGUUGGGGGAGACGUAUGAAAUGGUCCACCAGGAGGGAGGAUUUUGCGUCGUGUCUGAGCAAGUGAGUCACCAUCCACCAAUCACCGCGCUGCACGUGGAGAGCGACCGAUGGGUCUUCUGGGAAGAGUACAAACUCGACAUCAAAUUCCGUGGCCAGUGGGUUAAAGUCCUCCCGACGGGGUUGGUUCAUUUCAUGACGAAAGACGACGGCUACCAUUACUCGUGGAACAAGCCUCACUCCACCAUUCACAACGUCCUGUUCGGGACCCUAUGGGCCGACCAUGAAGGAGACGUAGUGGUGACGUGUCACUCGACGGGAGAAAAGGCCGUGGUGCACUUUGUACCCUACAGCAAGGCCAAAGAGCGGUACCGCGAGCUCCAUGGCAACGUCUUUGACGAGAAAGGGGAGGUGCAGUAUAUUUUGCAUGGAGCGUGGGACAAAGGGAUGACGAGAAAGAGCCGAGAUGGUACUGGAGUGAAGGAAAUGUGGAGGGCCAACGAACAAGUCCCAAACUGGGAGAGACAGUAUGGCUUCACCCAGUUCGCCAUGACCCUCAACGAGCCUGAAGAAACGGCGACGUGUCCGACAGACUCUCGCUACCGGCCAGACCAGCGUCUCCUGGAGAACGGGGAUGUGGACGAGGCCUCCGACGAGAAGUUCCGACUGGAGGAGAAGCAGAGGACAGCUCGCAGACUCCGAGAAUCUCGCAAGGAGAGAUGGAGACCAGUAUGGUUUGACCUAGUUGAUGAUCCCGACACCAAGACGUCUUACUAUCGCUUCAACGGCAAGUACUGGGACGCAAAGCUCCGUAACUGCUGGGACAGCUCUCCUGACAUUUUCUAAUUGGUGUACACCACGUUCUGUCUCACACUUGCUCUCCUGCGAGUGGUGUUCGCGUGUGUGGUGUGGUCGUGUAUGAUUUGUCUUACAUACAUGUGUAAUAUAAUACAGCCAUUUUUACAAUAGUUUUUUUACCUCACCUCUGUGUCGCUUUUGGGUUGCAUAUUAUUAUUGUGCACACUUUGCUGUUUCUUUGCUUGUAUAUAUUAUUUAUUCAUCAUCAUAAUAUUAUUAUUGUCCAAACAUUACAUCUUUAUGAAGUAGCUUGAUGCGUCUCUGUUCCAUGCCGUGAGCUCUCUCCUGCCGUCUCUGUUCCGUGCCGUGAGCUCUCUCCUGCCGUCUCUGUUCCGUGCUGUGAGCUCUCUCCUGCCGUCUCCGUUCUGUUCUCCGGUAGUGCCAGUCCCACAAGCCGUGCGGUCUCUUCAAUUGACCUUUCACCUCUGCCCUGGUAGUACUCCAGUAGUUCUCUGUGUUGUCGGGAGCUCUGUAGGUAUGUGAGGUAGCUGUCGAGGGUGUUUUGAGCUUUUUCUCUCUCCUGCAAGUCGUAUCUUUCCGUUCCGCGUUGACGAACGGCGGAGACGAUGUAUUUCCACUGUUCCCCCGCCUCUCCUCCGCCGCUCACCGCCUUUAGCUCCCUCAGGACGCUUCUGCACGUCCGCAACAGCCUCAUCUCUGCCACAUGUGUCCGCGCAUGCGCUGCAGCACUACUUAACCCCUGCCCGCC